AUGCCUACCCUCAACUUGUAUCACGGAACCGAGGAUGAGCUGUCAUUCCUCGCCACAUCAAAGCCUAAGGUUAUCAAAGUUGGAGACAAGAUUGUCAAUACUCCUUCCACAAUUACCAAGGAAAUCCACAACGACGAGAAAACCUCUGCAGAGGAGCAGAAGGCACAUCCAGCACCCUACUAUGAUAUAGACCUCAACUACCGCCUGGACCCUGCCGAGGGGGGCACGGAGAUUUUGUGGGGUGGUACUAUGCACUUGAUGCGGCGCAAGUGGAAGGCCGCCCCCGUCAGAACCCACAAUGCUCGUGGGAGAGAGAAGGAAUUCAGCCUCGACACUACUGGCUUCCAGUUUGAGAAUUUGCCAUCCUCCUACAAGGGCGUGCCCUGGAUGCCCCUGGACGAGGAGCUCGUCAGAGUAUAUAACCCUGAGGCCGAGGGUUUUAUGAGAAAACUGACCGGAGCGACUGACGUGCGGCUGAUUUCCCACCUCAUCCGCCAGCGGGACUGGCGCAGCGACCCUGAAGAGGAUGCCAAGAAGCCAGACAUGGCCAUGACGGAGGGCGGCCUCCUUUCCGCGCACUACGUCCACGUCGACCAGUCCUACGACGGCGCCUUGCGCAGGCUGCAGGACGACCUGCCGCCGGGGGAGUGGGCCGACCACGAGGGCAAGCACCGCUGGGCCAUCGUCAAUAUGUGGCGGCCCCUGGAGCCGAUCCGCAGGGAGCCCCUGACACUGUGCGACGCCCGGUCGGUGCGGGAUGAUGAGCUGCAUGACACGAUGCACUGCGUGCCGUUCCACUGGCCCAAGCCGCCCAUGGAGAACCACAUGUGGCAAGUGACGGCGCCUGAGUCCCCGGAGCAGCACAAGUGGUGGUUCCGCGGCGGGAUGACCAGGGACGAUGUGGUCCUCAUCAAGAUCUUUGACUCCAAGAAGGAUGGCAGGGCUAGGCGCGCCCCGCAUUGCGCUGCUACCACGCCGGACUGUUUUGGGCCGGCAAGGAAGAGUAUUGAGACGCGCUUUUUCCUCUUCUGGGAGGACGAUACUUCCGAGUAG